CACGCAGGGGUGGGCUUCCAGUGGACCAAGUGCCCCCAAAUGCCCCCCUGAUCGAGGGUCACCAAAGGCGCUGAAACCCAGGCACGCUGGCAAGAACGGCGGUACAAGCAAAGUGGUGGACUGUAGCAAAUCCCGUCUCCAAGUGGAGCAACGAGUGGGCCACAGCUCUGCAGCUUCAACUUCGAUAGCACCCAGGCUGAGAGGACAUUGCAGGUUUCUUUGCGAAAUCUAAAGGAUUCGCCCCCCGUUCUCGUCCGCCGCGAGCCACGCCCCAGGAACCGAACGAUCAGAGCUCCGUAUACGGUAUUAAGCUCAAAAUCUUACUCCGUCGCCUCGAACCCGAGUUCAAUGGCAGCGCCGCCCCCUCCACCUCCGCCGGCGCGAGGCGGCCUGUCCCUUUACGCGAACCUCCUCGACCCGGCCGCCGACUCCUCUACGGCCACCAUUUCGAGCGCGCCAGUCCGCUACAACCAGGAUGGUACCGUCGCCGACGCGAAAGAUGAGGCGGCAGCGAAGAUGCUUAUAGACCCCUCCCUUCGCUUCCAGCCCAUUCGCAGGCCGCAGGCCAAAACGGCAAAACCAAAGCCGUCCUUCCCCAAAACAAUACCCGGCGCGAACGCCUCAGCAACAGUAGCGACGGCGACAACACCGUCGCCCGCCUCCGCGCCCUCGAUAGCGGCCCCGCAACAGCCCCCGCCGCCAAAGAGCACCCUCGCCGACUGGGCUGUCACCGAAGAGGACGAGUGGCGGUACACCGCGAACGCGGGCGGCGAUAAGUCCCACCAGCGCGGCGGCCGUCGGAAGAAGAAGAAGAAGGGACACAACGACCAGCCGGCCGAGACGAACUGGGACGACAUCUACGACCCGACCAAACCUACAAACGUCGAUGAGUAUCUCCGUAGCAAUGAGCGCAUCCGCGAGGUGCAGGAGUGGAAGAGGCUGCUCUACCGUCACCGGAAACGUAGGAGCUCAAGCGAGGACAGCGAAGACGAGCCCGCCCGGAGGCCGGCAAUGAACCAGUUCGCGCCGCCUCCCGAAUACUCCUUCGUCCCUCCGCCCCCGGCCUCCCCACCGCCGGCUUCCGCGGCAUCGGUUACGGACGACACAACCGGAGACGACGCUUACGCCCGCCGUCUAGGCGUCUCUGGAGCAGCGCCGCCACCUCCCACCGACGCUAGCCUUCCUCCUCCUCCGCCGCCCCCGCCGGGCGCGGCAACCAUAUCCCGCGCCCCCGUUCGCUACAUCCCCUCUACAGAACCGAAAACGGCAGCAGAAGAAGGCUCCGACCGAGACUCCCCUCCUCCGGCCCUGGGCCUCGGCGCCACCCCCGUCGCCGCUGAUGACGAGCUACCGGCCCCGCGCUCCUCCCGCCCGGGUCAAGCGGGCUUCGCCCAGCGCCUCAUGAGCAAGUACGGCUGGACAAAGGGCUCGGGUCUCGGUGUCGACGAGUCCGGCAUCGUUAACCCGCUGCGGGUGCAGGUCGAGAAGCGUAAGAAGAGAUCCGACGCCGAGGGCGGCGGCUGGGCCGAGCCCGCAAAUCGCGCCAAGGUCCUUGGCGGGAAGCGCAAGAACGAAGGCGAGGGCGGCAAGUUCGGCGGGUCCAUGAGCGAGGUCAUUGUAUUGCAGCAGAUGCUGGACAACAUGGAGGACUUACAGGGUGAGAUUGCGAACGGCCUGGGACAGGAGAUUGGGGAAGAGUGUGGCGAAAAGUAUGGUCGAGUAGAGCGCUUGUACAUCGACGUUGAGAACCGCCAGGUCUUCAUCAGGUUUACGGACCAGGUUUCCGCGCUUCGUGCUGUCAACGAACUGGAUGGACGAGUCUUCAACGGCAACAUCGUGGUGCCCAAGUUCUAUGACACAGAAAAGUUCGAGAGGGGGGUCUACAGAUAGUGUAGUUACAGCGUCAAAUUCGAUUCUUCAACUGAACCGCACACUGCCUGAUUUGUGACGUCAACGGUAUUCCCAACGUGGCUAGAGUGCAAUCACGAUUUGGUAUU